AUGACUGUAUGGUUGAGGAUGUGAGUACUGAGUAGUCCGUUGUUGUCAUGUUUCGAUACUUCAGGAUUCACAAGCGUUAUUAAAAUAAAUAAAUAGCAUAAUCAAGAAAUUAUCUCUUCAUGAGCUAUCUGCUCUUGUCGCUGCCUUAAUCGUUUCAAUGGAUUUUAUUCGACAAUUUGGGAUUGUUCUUGGGAUAGCAGUGCUUUCCGGUGCGCUUGCGGACAAGUCUCAGAUUGACCCACUGAUAUAUGAGGAGCAGUUGCUAUGGGUCGGCGGUGGAGCCGGUCAGGUCAACACUUACAGGAUCCCUCUGCUAACCUUCACAUUACGUGGUAGUCUGCUGGUGUUCACUGAGGCCAGGAAAAUGUCUUCCAGUGACGUCGGGGCGAAGUUCAUCGCUUUGAGACGCUCCACAGACAGAGGUGCCACCUGGUCUCCCACCUCAUUCAUUGUGGACGAUGGUUCUCUAGCAGAUGGGCUGAGUCUUGGUUCUGUGGUUGUGGAUGAGGAGACUGGUGCUGUGAUACUCAUCUAUGCUCUGUGUUUUCACCGUUACCAUUGCAACCCCUCCAGCACCAUGAUGGUGCAGAGCCUGGAUGACGGGUUCACCUGGAGCGCCCCACGAAACCUGUCCAUUGAGCUGGGGGUGAAGAGCUUUGCUCCAGGGCCUGGCUUUGGAAUACAGAAACGUUAUCCACCCAAUGUGGGCCGUCUGGUGGUGUGUGGCCACGGUUCCAUUGCUGGUGAUGGGGUCUUCUGUAUCCUGAGUGAUGAUCAUGGUAAAUCCUGGAGAUAUGGAGCUGCUCUGAAGAGCAUCCCUUACAAUCAGCCUAAACAAGAACUGGACUUCAACCCAGAUGAGUGUCAGCCAGUGGAACUAGAGGACGGAAGCAUAGUCAUCAAUGUACGCAACCAGAACAACUACCACUGCCGCUGUCGAAUAAUAGUGCGGAGUUUGGACGGAGGAGAGUCUCUACCUGUGGAGGAGCUGGUAUUUGACAAAACGCUGAUUGACCCUGUCGUUGCAGCCGGUGCCCUGCAGAAACAAGGAGUGAUGUACUUCACCAACCCUUCCAACUCUCAGCACAGAGUCAAUCUAACUCUUCGCUGGUCUUUCACUGAUGGGAAGUCAUGGGAAAAGGAGGCAGUCCAGAUCUGGGCGGGGCCAAGCGGUUAUUCGACUAUGACGUCAUUCAAGGGGGAUUCUCCAGAAGACAACAAAUACAUCUUCGUUGUUUAUGAAAAGGGCCAUAAAGAUUACUAUGAGACCAUCUCUUUUGCCAAAAUUCAUCUAUAUGGAGGAAAAUAGUUUACAGGUGAAGAAAGAAAAGGGAUAUUUAAGACUUUUAAAAAGGACUUUUUUGAGAAAAUCAAGAUAUCAGCCUAAUGCAAAAUCA